UGCAAAUAUACAAAGACGUACAUAAACUAUUUGGAGAACACCAAAAUAUGUUGUAAAUGGAUCGAAAAUCGAGAAAAAUCAAGAAAAGGGGGGAAAGAGGGAAGAAGAAGCAAUCGGGUGAAGUGUGUUUAGGGUUCAAAAGAAGAAAAAGCAAAAGAAAACCCAAACCCCAAAACAAGUUUCAAACAUCGAUACACCAAAACCCCUUUCUCUCUUCUCUUGUUUUCUCUUCUCUCUCUAUCUCUUUUUUUAUCUCCAUAACCCAGCCACACAGUUGAGCAGAAGGAGAGUGAUAAGAGGGGAGAGUGAGUUUGGAGUGUUUCUUUUCAUCUCAUCUCAUCUCCCUCUUUCUCUGUGUUGUGUUUGUGUGGAAAAAUUCAUCAUACCCUUCAAGCAAUUUGAUCUGACUUUUGAUUUUCCUGAUUGGCAAUGCGAAGAGGUAGAGCAGGGACGCCGUCUAAGACGAUGGCUGAAGCGGCUCUUUUUGGGACUGAUGGAUCUGGAUCGAAGCCGGAUAUUAGGUAUAGAGGAGUGAGAAAGAAACCAUGGGGUAGGUUUGCUGCCGAGAUUAGAGAUCCAUGGAAGAAAACCAGGGUUUGGCUCGGUACUUUUGACUCUGCGGAGGAUGCAGCUCGUGCUUACGACGCCGCUGCCCGGAAUCUACGCGGACCUAAAGCCAAGACCAAUUUUCCGUUGACCACUUCACCGUAUUACCAUCAACAAAUCCCAAACGAUCAUCAUCCCUUCCUCGAUCAUCACAGCAUGUUGUACCAACAUCCAAAUCAUCACAGCGACUACCCGAUUGUUGUCACACAGAGGCCGACCUGCAGCAGCCUGAGUAGUACUCUCGAGUCUUUCAGUGGACCUAGACCGCCGGUAAAGUCAGAUUUCGUUUUACCCCGGAGACACCACCCUCGCUCACCUCCGGUGUUUCCUGACGAUUGUCACAGCGACUGCGAUUCGUCGUCUUCUGUCGUUGUUGACGGAAUCGGGGAAGGAUGCGAUGCCGGAGAAAUUGCUUGUUCAUCUUUCACAAAACCCUUUUUAUCGAUAGAUUUAAAUAUGCCGCCACCGUUCGAUGAUUUUGAGCUGGCCGAAGAUGAUCUUCACUGCACAGCACUUCGACUUUGAUAGUCCAAAAUGAUUCGGUGAUUCAAAGUCUAUAUUUUUUUUUCUGCCGGAAAAAGUAUAUCCCCAAAAAACAUCAACCAUAGACAAGAUUAAGAUUAAGAUAGUAUUAGGAUGCAAAAUGGGGUUGUUGUGUGUUCCUGAAGAGAAUUUUUGUUUGUUUAUUCUAAUAUUAUGAAUGAACAUCAUAUAUCUUGUUCUUGACAAAA